AUGAAAAAAUUUGUGUCGAAAGAUAAAGUGCACGAUCCAUGUAUUGAUGACGAAUGUGAUAAUAUUGCAGAUCAUUUUCGGUCUGUAGAUACUAAACGCGAAAUGAUUGAUUUAAGAAAAAAGCUACAAGAUAUAAUCAAGACAGAUGCUAUAUUUUGUAGUUUCGAGAUGAUGCCUGUAAUAAGUAAGGAUCUUUUGCAAAGCUUUUUUACAGAAGUGAAUAAGUACCAUCCACUUUUUUAUGCAUUAACAUGGCAUAAAAAUGAUAUGAAAGAUUAUUUGUCUUUAGAUACAUUUAAUAUACUCCCAAAUAACACGCUCCUUCAUCUUAUAGCUAAAGAUUUAACUUCCACUGAUGUAAAAAUUAUAUUAAAGGAAGCAUUAGAACAUGGCAUACGUAAUGUUUUUGUGUUAAGGGGUGAUUCUACAAAGUCAAAUAGUGAAUUUUCACGUGCAAUUGACUUAGUACGUUUUAUAAGGAAUCAAUUUGGUAAUAUAUUUUGUAUAUGCAUUGCUGGUUAUCCAGAAAUGCAUCCAGAAUCAUCGUCUAAAGAAAUGGAUUUGAUUUAUUUGAAAGAAAAAGUUGAUGCUGGUGCAAAUUUUAUUAUCACACAAAUUGUCUUUGAAGCAAGUAUUUUUAUUAAAUUUGUGAGUGAUUGUAAAAACAUUGGAAUUAAUAUUCCAAUUAUCCCAGGUAUUUUUCCAAUUUUGAAUUAUACGUGUCUCCAAAAAAUGGCCAGAAUUUGUAAUAUCAAAAUACCUAAAAUUAUUUUAAAUACUUUGGAAUGUAUAAAAGAUAAUGACGAAGAAGUACACAAUUAUGCAGUAGAAAUAGCUACAAAUAUUAUAAAAAAAAUUAUUGCAAGUAAAACUGCUUGUGGAUUCCAUUUCUUCACAUUAAAUAAACCAUCAUUAUCAUUGGAGAUAUGUGAUAAACUUAAUAUCUUUCACUAAUUUUGCUUGAAAAUGGAAGAAGUUUAAACAACUAAAUAAUUCUAUUACUAAGAUAAAUAAUAGUAAAUAUGGGAAUCUGCAUAUGAUCUUAACAAAUAUAUCGGUUUAAAUGUAUUCAUAUUACGCGCCAAAUUUCUCAUUAAUUACCAAUUCUCGAAACUCUCUAUACUGGAACAACAGUGAAAUAUUAUAUUAAAUUUAUUACACGAAUGACAUAGGAUCUCUAUUAAAAUUUAUUGUACAUUUUAAUCUCUAUGAAUGUACUCUUCUACAUUUCGCUUUUCAAUUUUUUUAAAGUACUUAUCAAGAAUAGUUAUAAAGUUAAUUUUGAUAUUUUCCAUGAACAUAACAUGGCAGAUUUAUAUGUAGACAUUAAAUGAUCCUUUGGGAACACUAACUGUUUUGCGCAUGCGCGAUAGAAAUAUUUGUGACGAACGAAGAGAGCAGUUAGUUGAGUUGGGCGCCAGAGCUCCGCGUGGUCAGUUGGAUAGUUGGUGUGACAGUAACAAGAAAGAGGAAGGAUCCAUAAGCCAGGAUAUAAAGAACAAUGGCACUCUUCCAUUUCAGUCCAAAACGUUGCUUGGAAGUUCAG